CGAAUCGUUUGAUAGUCGUUGUACCUAUUCACACCAUGUCCUUAGAGUUAAUGCGAUAUAAAUGACAUUGUGGAUUUAAUUGAAUUAUACAUGAAAUUGAAACAAUUGUAUUCGUUAUCAAAUAACAAAUAAUCAAUUAAUAAAACUGUUUCAUAGCAAAUCGAAAUGUCGAGCUAUACUGUUUCAAACUUUAUCAUUUUGGUACUUAUCCAGCUUCAACUCGUGCUUAGUGACUAUGACUGCUUGUGUUACUAUGGAAUAGAAAAACAAGUUUAUGACAAUGCCUUGCACUCCAGUUUAGUUGGAUACCUGUAUGAAUUUGACUGCAAACCUCUCGAGGACAGAGAUGCUGAUGGACAUUUUGGAGUUGCGUUUGACCACAAGUUAGGAUACAUUGUCAAGGAUGAUGGAGACCUUCAGAUACAAGUAUGCCCUGGUGCACCACCGGCUGCAGACAGUCUCAUCAGGACAACUUCGCCUAUUGUUACCUCAUCAUUCACUGUGACACAGAACACCGUCGUUUCAAUCGAGUCGGUAAGCAGUGGAUCAUCAUUGACCAAUACGAGGUUCCAAACAUCGAAAACGCAACACACGUCCCACUUAUCGUCCAUACUUAGCAGUGUACCUACAUCAUAUGUCCAAGAAACGACCUCUUUGAGCACUGGCAGCAAUUUAACCCGUAGCACUAUGGUCGCGCCUUCUGUAUUUACAACUAUUCAACAAGGCGAAAGUAAAACGGCUUCAAUAGUUAUAUCUUCAUCAGAAUCACCGAAAAGUGCAAGCGCUUACACUAUAUCAGCAUCCUCAAAUACGUUCGAUAACGAAGGCCACACAAAUAGUUAUUUGACGUCUACAAAUAUAUACGAGCUUAGUACAAAAUCAACAGUAGACAGAACUUCAUUCAAGGAAACAAAAUCAACGCAGCCAUUUGAUACUAAAACGUUUUCAAGUCUAGUUACAACCAUCAGUGAACACAUUUUAAUUGGAAACAUUGAUUCAACGUCAAUUUCUCAAACAGAAAAUCGUACCACUGUUUCGACAAAUCAAUCCAUUGAUACUAUUAAGACAUCUUCUAGUGCUUACGAGAAUAAUCAAAACUUAACGGGUGAACUAACUGUAUCACCAAAAACAGGAGAAACACAGCCUCCUGAAACUACCAGUGCUUCAAUCCUUUUAACAACUAUACGUGAACCAAUCUUUAUAGCAAACGCUAAUAUAACGCAUGUACCUGUAACAGACAACCCAACCAGUGUACCAAUUGGAGAAUCCUCGCAUCAGACUACAAUUAAUGUUGGACAGAACUCAUCUAGCGGUAUGAUGACAUUUCCAGAUAUUUGUUUUUACGAAACAACAACUUCAAAUACGAGCGACACUGCCAUUACAGGUCAUGUGGAUCUAUGUCCAUACAAGUUUCUGGCAGAAAGUAUGUACGUCAAUGGCACAUAUCCGUUUUUCCGACAAAACGGACACUUCUGUUAUGAAUUGAGGAAUGGGUCCAAAACUUGGAACGAAGCUGAGCGAGAUUGUCACCGCAGAGGUGGAUCUUUAGUUUCGAUCAACACUUACUCUACAUUUACGCUAUUGGAAGUGUUCAUUCAAAAAAUGCAGCCAUCAUACGAUUAUUGGAUAGGUCUAACAAAUUCUCAUAGUUCAUGGGAAUGGUCUAAUGGUGACAAAUUUGAGUGUUCGUUAACGUGGAGCGUUGAAGGAACUACAUGUAAUAACAAUCCACAAUGCGUGGUGAUGUCAAGCCUAGACGGGUCAUGGGCAAAGUCCAAAUGUUCUCCAUGUGGCGAAAUGGCGUCAUGGAUUUGUCAGUAUAGAAUUGAUUGAGGAAAAGGAUCACCCGACAUUGUAUACUGUUUGCCAGAUUUAUUUCAGAUUGAAUGUGAUGUGUAUUGCUGACAGUUCACUAUCAACAUAUAAGUAAAAGUAAUAUUUUUGUAUCAAUUACAUUAAUGCAUGCAGUAAAAUACUAGAAACACAAUUCGUGUUAUGUAUUUGUCUUAAUAAGAUUAAUUUAACACUUUACGACUUAGAUACGUUUUCUACGCAUUUGUUUUCCCUCAAGAAGUUACAUUUUAUUAAAUACCUUUGUGACUAAAUUCAAGUUUUAAAGGCUUCAUUUCGAUCAUAAAGAUACAGCUGCGACAUUCUCGCAGACUGUUCUUAUUUUAUGCUGUUUGCACACAUGCCAAUUUCACUUUGCUUCUGAGAGAGAAAGGGUAAAUAUGUGUAUUGCUAUUUAAUUAUGACCAAUUGAAACUUUAUGUUAAGAUAUAACACUCGAUUAAUCACAUAACACACGCCAAUCGUUGUUAGUUCUUAAACAUGAUAAAUAUAAUAAGAGAGAACUUAUACACGAGUACUAUUAGCUAAUAAAUAUUAUUAAAAUAAAGUUAAGUUUUUGGUUAUCCGUUGUGAUGAACAUUUUUGUAAGACUAAAAUGAUGUUUGUUUAAUUCGCCUGCAACAAAUAAACGCGUAGAUAUCACCUUUGAUUCAGCAUAUAUUCGUUUCCUCGAAUAACAUGAUAUUACAAAGACAAAGGUACACAUUUUGGCAAAUCCAUACAUAUUUCGUAUGCAUUUGGGUAUUAAAUAAUGUAAUAUAUCCCUCUUUGAAAUUCUUGCAGAUAUAACCAAGAUCUUGGAUAAAACGUUGUUAUACGUCCAUAUCAAAAUAUGAUUUAUAUCACUUUCACAUAAAUAAGUAUCUACGUAUUCUUGUGUAAUUCAAACUAAUUUAAAGUAGUAUCUGUACAAUAAUUAUUAUUAUGAAUUAUGGCAGUUUUCAGUUUAUAAGAAUGCAAACCAUUUCGAAUUUGUAUUUUACAAUCAUUCAGCUGUUUGUUACUUAUAACUGAUAAUAGGACCAUAAUUAUCAUGUAUGUUCUAUUUUGACAACAAAUGCUCGAACCGUAAAUAAAGACUGAAAGAAUUGA